AUGGUCGCCAUGGGGCUCACGUUUGUCAAUCUCACGGAUGCACCGGCGCUCGAUGCGUCGGGGUCGAGACGGAUGAGGGCACAUGUGACGAAGACCAACUUUGCGAGGAGACGACAGCGCAUCGCGAAGCAGCUCCGCCACAUCGCGGGCGCAUCAGAAACGGAGCGAAAGUCUUUGGCUACGAACCCUGAGAGCAACGACCUGGUCGCUGGCCUGCACCUAGACGCGGUGCCACACUUGCUCCAGCGGCCGACGGACCCCGAUCUACUUCACAACUAUCGCGCCUUGGUAUUUCCCGCGUAUCCGAGCUGCCGCGGCACGGUUGUCGAAAGCCAAUGGACAGCUCUCCUGGUGUCAGAGCCGGCGCUGCUUGAGGCGUCCAUGGCGAUUGGUGUCCGACACCAGGCAAGCCCAAGCGCGCGCGAGUCGACAUGGCACGCCUAUAGAGCAGUCAAUCUAGUCAACAAGCGGCUCAAUGCUCGGCCGCCGGACCUUGGUGACGGAGUCAUUGCCGCAGUGUUUACGCUGGCGUACAGUGAAGUAUAA